UAGCCGGAUCGAUUGUAUCAUCGCCACUAUUGGCGCGGAAUUUGACUGAUCGUUCAUUCGGCGCCGUCCGAAUGCUUCCGACUUCGUACGAGAACGCACGAAGUUUAGAAUCCGGUGGAAUCGUCGUGUCGUGGAUCGUGGAACGUCAAUCGUGGUGAACGAAGUGGAACGAGUUCGCAGGUGAAUUGUACGGAUCUUUCGACUGCCGUUUUUUUUCGCAUUAUCAAAGAAACGAUUUACCAUCGCGCGUACAUUCGACAAUCUGCCAGUGCCUGCGCGAAACGUUAAUUAUCGAUCCCGACGACGGAAUUGAUUCUGCCACACCCCACAGUGGCCAUCUUGUACCCGAGUAGUCGGUGGACUACUUCAGCUAGCCAUGGACCAGAUCACGCCUAAAGAGGUGAAGAUUCUUGAGAAUCCGGAGGACAUUCAGGAGAGACGAGAGCAAGUACUGGGACGAUAUGCCAACUUCAAGUCGGAGGCGCGCAACAAGCGGGACAAGCUCGAGGACUCCCGUCGCUUUCAAUAUUUUAAGCGAGAUGCGGAUGAACUCGAGGGAUGGAUUUACGAGAAACUCCAGGCGGCAUCGGACGAGAGUUACAAAGAUCCGACUAAUCUACAGGCAAAGAUUCAGAAGCACCAGGCUUUUGAAGCGGAAGUCGCCGCUCAUUCAAAUGCCAUCGUGCUGCUCGACAAUACCGGCUCUGAAAUGAUAGCGCAACAUCAUUUUGCCAGCGAUGUAAUUCGCAAGUGA